AUGUCUGCAGCGUCAACUAAAUCUAAAGAAAGCUCUCCAAACCUGCUUCACAACCUUAGGAGUAAAUCAAAUCAAAAACCAACCAAUGAUACUACUGAUAUUAUGCAAUCUUUACAGUCGUUAAAAUCAUCUAUAAAAUCAAUGAAUACCAAACUUGAAGCUAUCCAAACUUCAGUCUCGGAACAAAAAAUUGAGUUUAUUGAAAUUAGGAAAUAUUUCGAUGAAAUAUCUGGUACUGUUUCUACUUUGAAAACUAAUUAUGAUAUUAUGAAAACGGAGGUAUCGAAUUUACGCCAACAAAUCGAUUUAUUGACUAAUAACAAUACUGCCUUAUCUUUCGAGGCGGUCCACGAAGCACAAGUCCGAUUAAGAAAAUCACGUAAUGUUAUAAUUUUCAACGUUCCUGAUAACAAUGAGUCCUUUGAUGAAACUAAUAAGUCUACCUCUAAUAUAAUAAACUACAUGGUUCCAAAUGUACCUAUCAUCAAAACUACCCGGUUGGGUAUUAACCGAAAUAAGCCACGACCUAUUUUAGUAGAGUUAGAAAACAAUGAUGCAGUAUUGUCAAUUUUGAAAGCAAAGUCAAAAUUGCGACAAUCUGACAACUGGAAUCGCGUAUGGAUCACCACAGACCUAACGAUGAUGCAGAGAAACCAACUCACUCAAGUCAAGUUGCAACUACGAAAUAAAAUUGAUGCUGGAGACCUGAGCUGGUACAUCAAAUUCGUUCACGGGAUUCCAAUCCUGUCUCAAAAAAACGCUCAACCCGCCCAAGCAUAA